AUGAGCAUAAGAUUAGCAAUUUGUCACUCUGCAUUAACAGUAAGCCACAUUUUUGUUCGUAGAAGCAGACGAAACAGAGCGUAUAGAUGGGAUCACAAUACUGAAGGUGACAACGCCGACCAUCACGAUGAUCACGAUGAAGACAUUUUAAAUGACGAAAAGAACGGUGGCACAAAAGCGAUAGAUCGUCCUAAGACUGAUUACUGGGUCGGUUAUUAUGAUUUUUUGAUAAACGAAGGAAGCUACAAAUUCUGGGCCGUCUUUCAGCUCGCAACCGCAGCUCUUUUGGUCUACAGCGCUUUUGCGGCUCUCUAUUAUGCCAAAGUAAAUCCACAGACCACGGACGAUUAUUUCGACGAUAUACUCCGCCGACGACGAAGAAGACGCCGCUCCCUUCCGUUCGUGGCCCAAGACAGACCCUUCGCCGGACUCGACACCGUCACGUUCCAAAGGAUAAUUGAGGCCGUUGAACGAGCACGUUGAUUACCGUUUCGAUCAUUUCUUUAACAAAGAAAGAUCACCUCAUACGUGAUAAAUGGAAAGUAAAUAACUGAACGAUCAAAUACACUGAGGAAUUUUGAUGAAACGAGUCUCUGAAAGUGCGAAUCGAGG